AUGAGCUCCGCGGACAAGCAGAAAGGCUACAACUGGUACACGGUUACCGAGGAAGAGUUGAACAGGUUUGCGCCUCCGUUUUUACGCGAUGUCCCUGAAACCCCGAACGAAGUCGAGUGUAAGCUCGGUGGGACAUGGCCAACUUGGGUCCAUGGUUCCUUUCUAAGGGUCGGUGUCGGCCGCUUUACUGUUCCGCUCUCUAAAGAUGAUUCAAAGCCUAGGGCUGUAAUGCAGCAUUUGUUCGACGGUCUAGGAUUGUUGCAUAAAUUCCGAAUGACCCAAGGUCGUGUUUAUUACAUGAGUCGCUAUACACAUGAUGGGGUCAUCAAACGAGCCCAGGAACACGGCUACCUUACUUCAACCAGGAUGGGUCUCAAUGCAAACACUCCUCUAAAGGACGCUCAAGAUCCUUGCUCGCUCUUGCUUGGAGCUCAGGUUGGCGGCCCUUCGAACAUGAUUGAACACAGCAAGAACAGAUCUAAUGCAUUUGUACAGCAAUCUCUCUAUGUGCCCUCGGGAUAUGCUGCCCCUGAUUCCGUCAACAUGAAUGUGCAACCACGCCGUGGUAUUCACCUUCCCAAAGAUCAAAACCCGUACUCGAGGGGCAUUCAGUCAGAAGAUCCUUUCACUGAGGAGAUUUUGGUGCACACCGACUUCAACCUUCUACAAGUCUGCGAUGCACGAACUUUGGAACCGAAACGUUUGCUGAACUACAUGGUCAUUGAUCCGAAAUUGGUCGGUUCUGGCAGUUGUGCUCAUCCCCCGCAUGACCGCAAACGAGGGCUUACCUUCAACUACCUCAUCGAUGAUUCCGGUGUGUUAUUUGUAUUUGCAUUGAAUGUCGCCUCAAAUCCGACAGCUUUAGUGUGGAAGUCUCCGCUUCCAUGCAGAACAUGCUACACACAUGCUCUUGCAAUGACUGACAAGUACGUUGUUUUCGUAAGAAAUCCGGUCCACAUGGAUCUAAGUGAUACAACUAAGGGGGUUGCCGAGAUGAUGGUCUGCGAGCACGAUUCGCCGACCGAAUUUUACAUCUUGGAUAAAAGGGACGGCAAGCAUGUGGGAACCUACUCCGUACCUAACUUUUACUUCUUCCACAUCGGGAACGCAUACGAUUAUAUCGAUCCCAAGACAGGCGAUGUCAAUAUUCACGUCGACAUUGUCAGCUAUCGAGAUGAGCACUAUCCAUACAUGGAUUACAGCAUGUCGAAUCUCCUCGAUCCUAAGAAGCCGCUUCAAAAUGGAACUCUUGUCCGCUAUCAGAUGGACUCAGUGGACAAGGCUGAUCCAACAAAAAUCUGUCGGGGCUCAGUUGCAUCUGCUAUUGCGGGACUGCCGUGUGAGCUUCCACGUGUCUCGAAACCUGCCUCGAUGGAUCCCAAUUACCGCUAUGUAUAUGGCAUAUCUGGUAUUGGGGCCUCCGCUCCCGGCACAGAAGUCCCAAUUGGUAGACUUGGCAAUGGACUGGGCGCUGUUCACCCAACAGUAUAUGGAUCUCUGUUCAAAUCGGACUGGAAGACCGGCCUGUUCAAAUUGUGGACACCAUCAAACGGCGAGAGUUGUCCUACUGAGCCUAUUUUCAUUCAGCGCCCUGGUGCUACGGAUGAGGAUGACGGCAUCGUGAUUACAAUCACAAUCAAUCGCGAAGGUACGCACAGUAUCUUGGUCGGACUUGAUGGUAAGACCUUUCAAGAGGUUGCAAGAGCAGAUAUGCCACAAGUUUAUGCUCUUGGCCCGCAUGGUUCAUUUGUUGAAGGAGAUUUUGGUCUCUAG